UUAAAAGAUGAUCUUGUUAUUUGAUUUCAGGUGCAGUUUUCACAAAUGCGUCCAAUAGCUUCCAUUUCUCCUAGAAUGCCUAUUUAUCCUCCAGGUGGUCCAGGUCUUGGACAACAGAUAUUUUAUGGACAACCCCCUGUGAUGCCUCCCCAAGCUGGAUUUGGGUAUCAGCAGCAGCUAGUUCCAGGUAUGAGGCCCGGCUCCCCAAAUUUCUUCAUGCCGAUGGUUCAGCCGCGUCCAGGAGGUGCUAGACCUCGACCUGUCCAACAGCCUCUUCCUAUGAUGCAGCAGCAAAUGAUGCCAAGAGGAGGAAUGAGUGGCUACAGGUACCCACCUGGCCGAGGUGGAAUGGUGCCUAUGCGUGAUAGUGUUGGUAUAUCUCAUCAGCAGCAGCAGCCUAUCCCAAUUCAGGCUUUGGCUUCUGCUCUCGCCAAUGCUCCCCCUUUUGACCAAAGAACGAUGCUAGGAGAGAGCCUGUACCCUCUUGUGGAGAAUGUUGAACGGGAGAAUGCAGCGAAGGUAACAGGGAUGCUUUUGGAGAUGGAUCAGACUGAAGUUCUACACUUGCUCGAAGCUCCAGAGGCUCUCCAUGCUAAGGUAGCGGAGGCUAUGGAAGUUCUGAGGAAUGUUCAGCAGCAACAGGCAACUGCUGCAGCUACUUCUACUGUUGCUGGAUCAUCAUCCCCAACUCAUCAGCUUGCAGCUUUGUCUUUGGAUUGAAAAUGAAUUAUGUUUCUUUUAGACAAGAGUUUGUUUGGGACCCAUCUCAAACUUCUUAUUUUGCUGUUUUGAAAGACUUUUUCUUUUAUUUGCAUUAAACUGACUGAUUUUUGUUUUGUUUUUGUCAUGAUCUAAAACUGGUUUUGAUUGUGUUUCUAAACUUUGGAACUAUUUUAUCUUUUGCAUAUUUUGAAACUCUAUUUUAUUUUAAUAUUGUCAGUGAUGGGUUUUUAUUA